UAUAUGAAAUAUUUAUCAGCUGAUAUAUUUUAUUAAAAAUCAUAUGAAUGUAAAUUCUUUAUUUGAUUUAUAUGAUAAAUGUGAAGGCUUAAUAAACGAUGGAAAAGCUGAUGAGGCUGAAAAAUUCCUAGAUUCGUUUAUCGAUAAUAGUCUGAUUUGUUUUAAACAUCCUAGCACUAGUUUCCCCUCAACAACGCUACAAAAUCAACUCAAACAGAAACUAGCAUUAGCGUAUAACAACAGAGGCCUCCUAAAAUAUUUUACAGUUGAUUUUGAGAAAGCUGUUCAAGAUUACACAUCUGCUAUUUCCUACAACAAUAAAUUAGCUCCAGCUUAUUACAAUCGUGGGCUCAUAUAUUAUCGUCUAGGCAAUUUUAAUGAGGCUAUCUCUGAUCUACACAGUUCUCUUAGCAUAGAUCCAUCUUUCGUAUCUGCUCAACAAUGCUUGCAAACCUCAAUAUCAGGAAAAAGAAAAAAAUUACCAACAUGAUAUAUAACUUUAUAAUUUAUGUUUUCUAAAAAAUAUAUAUAUUUAAUGAUUUUUUAUUCAGAUAUUUAUUAAAAAAUUUAUUUAUUUAUUCAUUAGUUAAUAUAAUAAUGGUUUAAGGAGAAACCCUGUUAUCAG